AUGAGUGACCGUCAGCUACCCGGCUUUCCCUAUGCAUCCAACAUCCUGCCAAAUGAGCCGACGACAAGUGAGCAGAGUGAGCCAGCAUACAUUUUCGCGCCUAAUAUUGUGCCGUCCGGACUAUCACCAUACGUUUCGGAGCUCUUGGCUGGUCGCAGGGAUUCCUCAGAUUUUGCUCCUGAACCCGGCCAGGGCUCCCGGAACCCAAAAGUCCCAAUCCCAAGAGCCACUCGCCCUGUCGCUCAUUCCACCGGUGGCCGCGUGAGCCGCGCCUGCGAGGCCUGUCGUGAUCAGAAAGCCAAAUGUAGCGGUCACCGUCCAUCGUGCCACAGAUGCCAGGAGUCCGGAGUGGCAUGCUCCUAUGGAGACCGAAAGCGCGAGAAAAUGCUCAAGCAGUUGGAUGAGCUGACCGCUCAGCUCAAUGUUUAUGAGACCCUAGUACGAGAUUUGUAUCCAAGACUUGAACAAACUUUGGUUCAGCACGUGGAUCGCACUCUCGGACGUCAUUCGGGAAUGAGCCGCCCGAAAUCCUUUUCUGAAGGGGAAACGUCGAAACUCGCGACCAGCAUCACAAACUAUACCGAGGAAGACUUCAACCGUGACGAGAAAGUCCGCGCUACUGGGUUUGUUGGUGCACACUCGGAAUUAGCAUGGUUGUACAAACUUAAGCGUCGGCUCGACAGUAGGCGAUCAACAUUUGGUGGCGAUGGAUUUGAUCAAGAGUCCGUGUCGAUCUCUUCUCUGAGCUACUUCGAGGAUGAUGUUGAGAUCAUCAAUCUUGAUCGGACCGAGCUGUCCAAACGACCGCCAGUGCAUAUUGCCGAUCAUUUUGUGAAACUCUACUUCCGAACAGUUCAUCCAGCAUUCCCCGUCAUUGGCAAAGGCGUCUUUCUCACACAAUACCAGUCCUUCUACAUGGACGCAACAGUUCGACCCGGAAAGCGAUGGGUCGCCGUGCUCAAUCUCGUUUUCGCAAUCGCUGCAGCGUAUGCGCAGCUCAUUGAUGAUGACGUGAAGGUUGAAGGGGACAAUCACCUCUCUUAUUUCACCAGGGGCUGGCGCUUGGGCAUGGACAGCAUCUCGUUGCUUGAUCAUGUAAGCUUACAACAAGUCCAAGUUGAGGGUCUUGCUGCUUUCUAUCUUUUUUGCACUGGUCAAGUGAAUCGAGCUUGGCGAAUCAAUGGAAUUGCCAUACGGUCAGCGACUGCCAUGGGGCUCAAUCUCCGCAGUGAAACCAGAAGUGUCCCCUUGGUCUCAAAGGAGACCCGGUAUCGGGUGUGGUGGGCGCUCUCUACGCUUGACGCAGGACUUUGCCUUCGAACUGGUCGUCCACCGGAUACUGAUCCCGCUUUUUGUACGACCCCGUUGCCGAUUCCGUUCAUCGAGGAGGAUUUCGACGUGACGAGUAUCAUCGAGAUUGUGGAUGAUUUUUCUGUCCGAAGUGCCCUGGUUGCCUCUUUGCUGGGCCCAGGAAAUGAAGAGACAGCUGAUGCGGGGAAUAUUGAGAGCUCGCCAAAUUCUCCUGCUCCGCCCAGAAAUCACCGAAGGAGAGGAAAGAAGGCCGAAAGAGUGACAGCGGAUCUGAUUGAAACCAUGACGCCCAACUCUUUUCUGGCCUUCUUAUAUGGACUGGACCUAGAUCGUAUUACGAGAAAUGCUGUUCAGACACUGUAUGCCCCUAGUGCGACAGGCAAAUCUUGGAUAGAGAUGGAAGUUGUCAUAUCCAAUCUCAACGCAAAUGCUGACGCCUGGUUAUCACGCUUGCCAACAGAAUUUCAGAUUUCGAAGCUUGCUGAUAUUGGUCGUGAUCCAUUCGUCCGCCAACGUGCGGACGUGGGCUUUCGCUUCUACAGUGCCAAGCUUGUCAUCACCCAGCCUUGUCUCAGCCAGCUAGCCUAUCAUUCUCCAAGCGCUAAUGCUCGUGCAGGCGGCACUUUCUGUGACACGAUGGCGGCCAUCUGCGUGCAAAUGGCAUGCGAAAUGUGGGACAUGCUUCCCGAAAAUCCCAACAUCACCUGGCUGGUUGAAGUGUCUCCAUGGUGGUGUGUACUUCACUACUUUAUGCAGUCGGUGACUGUUAUUCUUACACAGCUCUUUCACCGUACAAAACCACAGACACCUGAGAGUGCUGAUCUGGUUCAGUAUGUUGAAAAGGCUCUGAGAUGGCUACAUGCUAUGUCUGGCAAAGACCUUGCCUCCAAGAAAGCAUGGCUUGUCUGCAUGGAUAUUUUGUCCCGUCACGGUAGAGAGCACUCUAUCCGACUUGACAACAUGCCGUAA